UUUGUCCUUGUCUUUGUCUGCGCUCGGCACUACCCGAACUUUGACACCCGAUCGACAACACCAGUCAACCGAUCGUCCUCUCGUCUACCACCAUGUUUGCCGAUCGUGUUGCGCUUCUCGCGCUCUCGACCCUCUCACUGGUCUCGGCUCAGGCUAACUCAAACUCGACCUUCAAAAUCAACCCCAGCGAAGUGACUCCCCUCGAACAAUCAAAUUGGUGCACUUCGCAGCAGAACAGCUGCAACACCCUAUGUGGCACAGCUCUCCGCAAUGACUGUACACCUGAGACUCUCGACUUCUUGUGUGAAUGUGAAGGUGGAUCCUACCCCGAUAUGAACGAAUUCGAGAACACAAUUCCUUGGUUCGUUUGCACCAAGCUCCAGGAUAAUUGUAUUGCUGAAAACGCGGGCAAUCUCGCCGGCCAAAAGAACUGCACCGCAACGUAUAAGGACAACUGUGGAACCGAAGACGUCAAUGACCACAAAGGCGAAGGCGCUGCCACUGUUACAACCAGCUCUAGCGCGUCUGCCGGGCCCCAAUCGACCUCGUCAACCACCUCCGCACCAAGUACCUCGUCAUCAGAUGGUGCUGCUCCUACCGCUCACGCCCAAUUCAUCGGAAACGGUGCAGCCGCUGUGGCUCUCGGCCUGCUUGCCUACGCCCUCUAGGUAAGGGCAUGUUGCAAUUCCGAGCGGAUAGGUUAAAUGGCAUGUCAUGAUGUACACAAGAGAUUCCGUUUUUAGUCUGUGGUGGGACUGUUGCGGCUAUUUAUCAUAGAAGGCGCUUAUAACAUGGGGGUCUACUC